ACGAUGUCCGCCAUGUCCACACCCUUGAACCUCGACCAGGAAGUAAGGUUGUACACGACUAAUGCCGAACGUGAGAAGUACGGUCUGCUUGCGACGCUCUUCGGCAUCAUCGUCGCCCUGGACUACCUCGAGCGUGCGUAUGUGCGCGACUCGGUGACUGCAGCUGAGUAUUCUCCUGCAUGUACCCGGCUGCUGUCGCAAUACAAGACCAUGUUGAAGCUGGUGGGCGAUGACGUUCCCUCGAUAGAAGAGUUCAUGAGUCGGUAUCGGAUGGAUCACCCUGCUGCCCUACAUCGACUGAAAGUCGGCGUGCCAGCGACGGUGGAGCAUUCAAGUGAGGGUGGUCCAGAGACGGGGAAGUGGGUUGCGGAGACAACGCAGAACUUCAUUACCUUCAUGGAUGCGCUCAAGCUGCGGAUGCGUGCAAAAGACCAGCUGCAUCCAAUUCUGCAGGAACUGGUCACCGGCUAUGCACGCUUCAAGGGUAGCAAGGAUUGGGAAGGCAGGAGUAAGAUGGUGAGCUGGCUCAUCACACUGAACGGUAUGAAGGCGUCAGAGGAGAUCACAGAAGAACAAUCCAGACAACUGCUGUUCGACAUCGAACAUGCGUACGCUGAGUUCUUCCGGAGCUUAAGUAGCAAGGAGGGUGGCUCAUAACAAUAUCGCUUGGCCCAACGAUCGUCAGGCACCUAUACCGUCACGACUGUUACCUUAGGCACUCUGCUCUCCAAUUGUAUUGUACCAUACUAUAUCUGUAUAUCAGCUCCUCCCAGGCA